GAAAUUGCAUGAUACAAUUUGAUUAAUUUUUAUGAGGGGAUAUGUAAUGAUUUUUUUUUUAGUUACGAUAACAAGAAACAAUUAGUGUUUCAUUAAAAAUAGUCAUCGGUUAUUUUGUCGCUUCCUCGAGCGAUCGGUUUAAUUUGGAAGGGGAUUCAAUCGGCACGAAGGUGCAAUAAAAAUUGAUACGAGACAAAUAUUGGAACGUUGAAUUGCGUGAUCCGUAAAAGGAACUGCGAAUGCAAUAGAAACGGAGGUGUCAGCGAAAUUGCUAAUCGAUGCCACGUUCCAUAAUUUUCGAUGCCACGCGAAAUUAUUUCGCGACCGAACCUCGCCGUGGCAACAACCAUGCUCCUCCACGUCCCCUUCGUGAUAUUUUUCGCGACAAGUUGCUUGUCCAUUCCAUCGCCUAUCCCAGAAAUACCCUCGUUCUUGAAGAUAUGCCAUCAAAGUGAUCCGUAUCUUAGCGACUGUAUAAAGCAGAGUGUCAAUUCCUUGAAACCGUAUCUAAGAAAAGGUAUACCGGCCCUUGGAAUACCAACGUGUGAACCACUCCACUUGGACGAGAUCGAGAUCGAUCAAUCUUCCGGUCCGAUAUACAUCCGAGCGAUCUACAACAACGUGUCUAUAUUUGGAGGAACUAAUUUCGUACCUAAGAGUAUCAGACUCGACUUGGAUAAAAACGUGAUACGAUUGAAACUCUUCAUCCCACGAUUGGAGAUGGUGUCGAAUUACGUGAUGGAUGGUAGAAUCAUGAUGCUAUCGAUCACGGGGAACGGGCUGGGACACGGAAACUUCACCGACAUCGACGUAAUUGUCACGAUACAGAUGGAGCGAUAUCUGAACGAGAGGACAGGCUCGAUUCAUCAGUCUGUGGACGAUAUUUACGUAGAUUUCGAGAUCGGCCAUGCCACGGUGCACUUGGACAAUUUGUUCGACGGUGACGAAAUGUUAUCUAGCGCCAUGAAUCUUUUCCUCAACGACAAUUGGAACACGAUUAUCGCCGAGAUUAGACCGAAAUUAGAGGAGACUAUAGCGAUGCUGAUCAUGAAAUUCACGAACACUAUUUUUUCCGUGUUUCCGGAAAAUGUGUUGUUACCACCUUAGAAGUGAUGUAAUAGUUUAUUUUUCCUUUUUCCGUUUUCUUUUUUUGUUAAUGUUUAUAUUAUAUCUAACGAUUUUGCAAGAUUUUAUUAAAAUUUUUGUAUUUUAUACUUAAUUAAUUGUAUACAAUAUAUUUUAUACUUUAUACUAUAUCUUGUACGUCUUAUAUAUUUGUUUGAGAAAGGUGAAUAUUAAAAUUUAGAUUUUUCUUUUUUUCUUUUUCGAUCUCAACAAGCGAAACAUUCUUUGCUUUGCGAAUACUAUACAAUAUAUACGUGAUAGAAAUUCGCAACGAAUCAUAGAGGGCGUAAGAGACUCUUUUCUCGAUGUCGGUAUUUCAGAGCAUGGAACAAGUUUCAUGAAAUAUCUAGAUACUUUUACACUUCGUCCAUGAUGUAACGCCUUAAGGAUGGACGAAGAUAAUUCGCAAGACAAACGUGCAAGACGUGGAACGGUAUUGCAGGCGUCGUAUAAAUCGCAACAGUAGAUCAUUGAUCACUUAUUAAUGAUUAAUCCUUCGACAGAGUUUUGAAUUUCUUUCGAGAAACGAAUUUAUUUUUUCUUUUGGUUUUGAAUAAGGAAUGGCCAAACCUGUUUUCCAUAGUAGCGAAACUGGUCCACGUUUAAACGAAAUUAAUAUUUUUCAAUUCUUUGUCUUCCUUCUUAUUGAAAACCUGUUCCUUCUUCUUAUUUUUUCUUUUUUUUUCUUCAAGUAUAAGUUUGUAAAAUUGUCGGAAUUAGGAAGUCGUACAAAAAUUAAUAGAAUAAAAGAUUUAACAAGUAUCGAUGUCGACACACCUUUUUUUUUAAUGAGUUAUAAAUUGGGCAACAGCGACAAGUUCUUUCGGAAUUUCUUUAAACUAUGUGAAAUGUUUGAAAGUUUCAAGGUGUUCAAACAAAUGGCUGAAUCAUUAAAACCGGAAUGGGUGGAAACAUC